UGCAGAACACCACAGAAGAAGAACUACAUCCUGUCUGUAUAUCGCCGGUUGAAUAACUAAUGCAGGGCAAUGGAUCGAUCUGAAUCUUGCUGACGUUCAGUGGCUCUUGGCUCCGUCAGCCAUCUUUAAAACAUGCAAGGCUUCUAUUCCAAGCUCGACUCCUCUCCCUCCUCGUCCCCGUUGCUGGGGGUGGGCGUCCGUGGAGAGGGUGGUCCCGUGCCCCUCAGCCUGGCGGUGGAGACUGAGAAGGCUCAGGCCCUCUUACAGACAUUUAGCUCCGCCUCUCUGCUGGCAUCAGCAGGACUGGGUGCGUUUUGCGUGGUAGCAGACCACGCCCUCCAACUGUCAGUCAUCCAGCAUCACCUGUGGCUGCGUGCCGCCUUGGACAAUGCCACGCAUGGUCUGGUGGGACUGUGGUCGUGGGCGGUGGUUAUUGGAUUGAGGAAAAAGAGUGACCUGUAUGAGGUGCUGCUGGCGGGUCUGCUGGCAUCAAUCAUAGACCUAGACCACUUCUAUAUGGCUGGAUCCCUGUCACUUAAGGCCGCCGUUUCACUGCCUCAGCGUCCUCCUCUUCACUGCUCCUCUCUCAUCCCCAUCUUCUGCCUCUCCCUUCGCUUCCUCAUGUGGAUCGGACGCCUCAAAGACGCUUGGUGCUCCCUGCCGUGGAUGCUGUUCAUUUCCAUGGCGACGCAUCACGUCCGUGAUGCCGUGCGCCACGGAUUGUGGGUGUGCCCGUUUGGCAACACGAUGCCCAUUCCGUAUUGGCUGUACGUCAGCACCACGGCGACGCUGCCUCACCUGUGCUCGGUUCUCAUGUAUCUGACAGGAACCAGAGACGUGAUCUCCACCAAACACGGGGUGGCUAUCGACGUGUAGAUGCCGAAUGCAGCAUCAACGUCAGCUCGGUUACGUGAACUCACUGGAGAAUCUGCUUAUGACAAAGGAAGGUCAGUUCUGGCUCAGAUUCAGACUUCUAUCAGUCACAAGGAAGCAGACAGUCUACACCAGAAAACACAAGCCUACAAUCACAAACUCCAGACUGCAGUGCCAAAUAUUGAUUUAUUUUUCUGAGAGAAGCUGAAAGUCUCUGUAACUGUUGGAGUGACCCUUUAAAGCUUUCACGUGAAGUUUCCGUCUCGUUUGUCUGCUGCCUGUUCAUAAAAGCAUUGGGACAGACCACACACUUGACCUUAGAAACCACAGAGUUGUUCAUCAUUUCCUGCCCGGUGAACUGCGACUUGACAUCACCAUCGGUCUUCAUCCUACGAACUUGUCAACCAAAGGUCAACAACAUGGCGGGUUGUUUGUCCCUGUCGUCGCUCGUCUCACCAUGUUCAUCUCUUAAUCUAAUGAGCAUUUGUGACUCACUGUUGAUUUAAAACAAAGAGAGUUACGAGCGCCACUAAAUGCACCACCUUUCGUAUUCAUCUGCCACUUCUUAUUUUGCUGCUUGGAGGAUUUUGGUCUCCAACGUUCCAGCUGCCGAUACAGAUCAGGAUCAGAGCUUUGCCAUCAGGCUUAAGGGCGGUCCACACCAACAGCCGCAAGGGUAUUGUUGUGAGCGUCUGGGCUGCUGAACGAUGGCUGCAGCUGCAUUUGAGCCUCAACGUCAACACUGAUCACCUGCUGUUGGACAGAAAAUGAAAAUCAGUGUGAUUCUUAUCACUAAUCCAUACAGCUCACACAGUAGAGAAGUGGAUUAGUCAGCCUCUUCACCUCAAAAUAAACAUGUUACACGAAAUAUUUAAACAUAAAAAAAA